GUGCUCUUGGAAUACCUUUUCUGACAGAAGAAUCAGCAAAUCAGUUCAUACGACUUAAACGACAAAUACCAUAUUCUCACAGCUACUGGGACCCAAGCAGCAGCCAGAAUACGUGGGGAUACUCAGUGGCUGAGCAGAUUAGUGAAUCGUGGGCAGCUCUGAGAGACACAGCACAGUACUACAUGGAUUUGGGAUCUUAUUCCUUUGAUCCUUCAAUUGCCAGGUACGAUGGGGCUUCUCAACAGAGUAUUUCACAGACUCACAAUGCAUGUGCGUACCUGA